CUUUUCAAAUAAUUUGUUAAUUAUAGAAAUACAUUAUUUAAAAUGAACUAUUUCAAGUCCAAGUUUAGACAUACAAAACAGACUUUAAUUUAUUUAUUUAUUAAAAUGGUUAAUUUGCUUUUUCUUUUAAAUUUAACCUUUUGAGGUUGACAUGUUUUAGUCAGACAACAGAAGAGUUUAAAUAAGGGAUAAUACCAGACAAGAUGUGUGAUGUCAGGGCUGAGAAACAGUUAAUAAAAGUUAAUUUAAUCACCUUUCAGCCAAUCGCAUUGGCUCAUUGUCAGUAGCCAUGGUAACAGUCCUCUGAGUUCGGAGGAAAAACAUCAAGAAGUAAAAGUAAAAGUGAUGCCCCAAAGAUGAUUUAAUUCACAUUAAAUCAUAUUAUUCAACAUGAUAAUUCAUUAUUUUGAUAAUUAUUAAUUACUUUUGAUAGCCAUUUUUAAGCUACUGCACCAACAUCAUUUGGUGCCCUGUUAUUAUUAAUAUAUAUGGAUAAUGUAUUACUAUUGGUUUUGUUUAUAUUAAUCAUUUUCUUUAAUAUUUGUUAUCAACCAGCUCCUGCAUGCGUGUCCCCAACACAUUGGUGCCCCAUGUGAGGCAUGGUAUUGUCGACGUGGUCAACGCCAAUUUUUUAUUCCACUUGUAAGCUAACCAAAAGUGUUUACAUUCUACACCACUAGCCUGCCUGAGCAGUAGACAUCCAGCUGUACUUAUAAACAAGUGCAUUGUGGUGAGAAUUGAUUUAUUCAGAUUCAACUAAAUCAAUCUGAGAGAUUUGGAUUAUUGAUAACACUUUAAGUCUCCAUAGUGUUAUUCUAAGUACUUGCUAUUGCUGCUUGCCAUUCAAGUUAAACUACUACUGUGGGACUUGCAAGAAGUUUGGUUCAGCAUUUGAAUACCAGGUAUUCAAUGCAAUCUCCUCAAGCUGUCACAAUUAGCUGUUAAUUCAAGUGCUCUUUUAAUUAAGACACAGCAUGGUGCCGGCCAUGUGCAACAUAGAGAACUUCUACCUGGCUGUUACUGCCGUGCAUUCCAGUCCGAGUUAAAAGACCCUGAGGUAGAGACACAGUGUGCUACCAGCCCUGUGAUAUUAUUAAGUUAUGUACCUACCUGUUACUGUCACGUGUUCCAGUCUGAGUAAUAUAGAGCAUAUACAGUAUAUAUAUAUAUGUAUAUAUAUAUAUACACACAGUCAGUAAUAAUAAAAAAUGAAAAUAAAAACUAAAAAUCUCUUAUUGCCUCCAAAUGAAUCAGUUGAGCAUGUUUGAUGGAGCUGAUGUUCUUACUUGUGUCAGUGGUUGUACCCGCAUGGUCCAAUACACUCACUGUUGGAUAAAAGCGUUGGCUAAAUAAAUGUCAUGUAAUAUAAAAUAAAAGUUGAUGUGUUUUCUAUUUAAGGGGGAGUUGGUGUGUUUUCUAUUUAAGGUGGUCUCAGUAGAUGUGUUCAGUAGAGGAUUGUGGUCUAUUCUCAGUUUGUCUCUCUGCAGUAGAAACCCUGAGAGGAUCGUUCUCUGACCUUAAAUGGACCUGAUGGACCUGAUGGACUCUCAGUGUGACGUGUUCAUCUGUCCAUCAUGGCCCCCAAGAAACCAGAACUAAAGAAGGAAGCGGUGAAGACGUCUCCAGAACCAGAAACGGCUAAAGAACUGGACUUCGACCCACACAGCGUGAAGAUUGAGUUCAGCGCUGAUCAGAUUGAAGAGUUUAAAGAAGCCUUCCAGCUGUUUGACAGGACUUCAGAGAAUCAGAUGAAGAUCUCGUUGUGUCAGUGUGGAGACGUGAUGAGAGCGCUCGGACAAAACCCGACCAACGCCGAGGUUCUGAGAGUGCUGGGACGACCUAAACCUGACGACAUGGACAGUAAACUGGUGGACUUUGAGACCUUCCUGCCGAUGCUGCAACAUGUGGCUCAGUCCAAAGACAAAGGGACGUACGAGGACUUUGUUGAAGGUCUCCGAGUGUUUGAUAAAGAAGGAAACGGGACGGUGAUGGGUGCCGAGCUGAGACACGUUCUGGUCACUCUGGGGGAGAGGAUGGCCGAGGCCGAGGUGGACCAGCUGUUAGCUGGACAGGAAGAUGCUGAUGGAUGUAUUCACUAUGAAGCUUUUGUGAAGCACAUCAUGGCCGGCUGAAGCAUCAUGUUGGAGUCUCUGAGCUGGAAGAAGUUCUUCAUCUCUUCUUCUUCUCUUUAUUCUUCUUCUUCCAUUUUGUUUUGUUUGCUCUAAACACUUCGAUGCUUCAAUAAAACUUCUAA